UGUAAACUAAUAAUUUAGCGAACAGUGUAAUUGGACGCUCUGAAACUCGCCGGCUAACUCGUGGUUCGGCGGCUUGCAUAUUUAUAGUACAUCGCAGUGUGCCGCGAGCUGCCAAUUUAGUAUAUGAGUCGCAGCUCAACGGUAUGUGUCAUUGUGAGCUGAACUUUAGAGCCAGUUCACAACUGCACACGACUAUAAUAAACAAACAUUGGAUACAACGCCGGUUCUGAUUGGUUGCCUGCUUAGUCUUCCUCUAGUUGGAGUUUUGUACAGACGUAUAUUUGUUAAUUAGACCGAUUAAUUUCAGUAAAAUUAGAUAAUGGCGUGGACAAAUAGCCAGGUAUUAGAAUUUUUGGAUCUAUAUCGUAAAGAGCCAGUUCUAUGGGAUCCUAAAAACCCCGCACAUAAAACAAGAAGUGAUAUUACGGCAGCAUGGAAUAGAAUCCAAGCUUCUUUUUCUAUGGAUUGUUCAGUGGUAGAUCUUAAAAAGAAAAAGGAAUCGUUAAUGACAUCUUUUAGAAUGCAUAUGAAUAGAAAAAAGAAAAGAUGUGGUGACUAUCAACCUACAUGGUUUCUGUUUUCGCAUAUGGAAAGUUUUCUUGGCGGGAAUUAUGAAUGUGAUAGUACAAGUCAAAUGCAACAACAGCUUUUCAAUAAUCCUACACACGCUCCAUCGCAUCAACAAUUGGUAACAGAAACAAAUAUUGGUACAAGAAGUAAUUCAAAUGAAAGUAAUACUGUCUCAAGAUAUUCAACGAAAACAUUUCCUCAAGCAAAUGCUAAACCUAAGAAAGCAAAUUCGAACAUUGUUUUUGUCAAGAAGGAUUUUAAGGAAGAACCGCAGGAUUUGGAAAAGGCUAUAGAGAUUAAAAAUUUUGAUGAAUACGAUUUGUAUGGGCAACUAUUAGCUAAGAAAUUAAGAAAAUUGGAAGAACAUCAACGAGAUGUUGCCAUGCACGAAAUUGAUAAUAUUAUGUUUAAGGCUAAAAUGCAAGGUAGCACGAGUCAAACACAAAGUUUUACAUCUACUUCACCGGUACAUCGCAAGAUGAAAUCACCAAUUUUCAUAGUGACGCAGCAUUCUCAUGAGUACGAAGACGAAAAUUUACCAUAUCAAGAGCACAUGCAGCCGCAAGCACCAUCGUAGCUCCAAAAUGUUAGAUUUCGUUCUAAAAGGAAGAUUUUACAUUGCAUACGUAUAAUCUAUGUAGGUUACAUAGGUUGUAGAGACCGAUAAGUCUAACCGUAGGUUUCUGAUAACUAAAUCUCUGUAUAAAACAUAUCGUCGGCCCCGUCAUUACCUUUGACAAC